AAAUGAACAUUUUUUUCACAGUUUUUAUCUCUUUAAACUUGUUAACGGUUGAUUUUCUAAUUUAUUUUCUUUCUCAGGAUGUUGUGAUGUACACGGCUGACGACAGGAACAUUCAUUCUGUUGAUGAGAUAACUGAUGGGGAAAGACUUACACUUGCUUUAUGGUUCAGUCGCGAUGGUUCUCAUGAUGAAGAUACGAAACUUGUUUCUCUUCUUUCACAACACCUAUUACAUAAGAGCAUGGCUAGUUCGUGCCUACCUUUUCCUGCAUCCAGUAAUAUGUACUGGUGUUCUCAGAACCAAGCUUCCACUGACCACUUUGGGUUUAAUAUUUGUUGGGCCAGACUGCAUGUUCUCGGAUAUGACAUAUAUAUUUCUCAAGACAGUAGCUCCGGCUUUGAUGUCUCUGAAUUAAUGGUAAAGCCAGUGCGCUUGGUGAGAGGAAGUGAGUUGCUAGACCAUGAAUUUGUCAAUAUUUUGCAUGCGCUUCAGGUCGUCCAAUUUUAUUGUUGGAAAGGUUCUGCCUUGCAGACCAACAUGUCGAAUAUAGAUUCCAAGGUAGUAAAACUGUUGGAUGUGCAAAGAGAGAAGAUCAGCGGUAUAAAUUCUUUACUUCUUAAUGAUGUUAAUUUUGCAUCCAGAAUUUUCUGUAGAAGGCCUUCCUAUUUGGAAGAAAAUGGAUGCAUUUACUUUAAUUGGACUGGAAUCGUGGCGGCUAUUGCUGCUUGGGAAGAUUAUGUGUUGAAGUUAAGCAAGCAAAUUCAUUUACAGUUGCCUUACUGGAGAAUGCAAGAAUCUUUAUACAAUGUACAAAUAGAUGCGUAGUAUUCAUAUCAACGCAAACUCCUUUCCGAAGCUUUGCUUUAACAGCAUUAUUCAAGUUGGCGUGCUUUCGGCUGGUUUAAGACCAUGCUGCUUGAGGGAGAGAUGGGGAGUGCAACUUACGGUUUCCCAAGAUUUAUCAUAAAUUAAAGGGGUUAUCAACUCUAGAUGAAUAAGCAAUGCCUUUGUUUCUCUAAUUCUUGUAGCACGAAUUUGGGUGCAAUAUUACAGCUGCUGCAGUCUCACUCAAGACUUUUUCUCAGACUCCCUUGACUUCUGCUCAAAUUUUCAGACAGUGAUAUGUUAUCUGUUUUGACAUAAGAAAUAGAUUGCAUAUGUAUCUUUCUAGCUCAUUGUAUCUAUGCCACUGCUUUUUAAGUUCUUUGGAUAUGCUCCAUCUGUGCAAAGCCCUGCCAAAAAUGUCAUAGAAUACAAUAUUUGCAUUGGUUUUUGUGAUCUGCAUAGACAGGAGUCCAUGCCCAUCAUGAUAAUGCCUCAAUUCUUCGGGAUCCCAUGGCUCAUCGUCACUCUCCAUGCCCUUGACA